AGACAACAGGGCGAAUGAGUUGCGCCGUUUAAAACCACCGACUCAAUAUCUUCCCUUCUCAGGCGUCGUCGUAUAUAAACCCUUCACUCCGCCUCUACCCAUUAGGGUUUCUCGUCUCAACUGAUAAACCAUAUAUAUCUGGAAAACCAUAUAUAUGACGGAAACUCACGUAGGAACAAAAAAGAGUUGAAAGAAAGAAGUAACUAUUUGUUUUGUAUGUUUCUAUAGUCAGGGGUACAGCUCUUUCAGAGAGAAGCAUUUACAGUAUGAAAACUAACUGCAGUGCUGGGGACAUAUGUCAUACAUAAAACCAGGGGCACAGAUGAUUCUGGAAUAAACUACAAGGCAUUGCUGAACUUUUUCCUAUUUCUUAAUCUUGACUGAUCUCUGAAUUUCUUGAUGUUUUAAGGGACUGCAAAAUAUUUUUGAUGUCAUGGUCUUCAUUGUCACUGCCACAGUUUAUUCAAAAAUGCUCAAGGUCUAGAGUUCGAUUUGACUGCUGCAUCUGAGCUUUUAAAUUUGAACGUGUUUAUAGAUGUUGAUCUAGUAUAUAGAAAUGGAAACAAAAACCGCAAAGGCAUUGGAUAGGGUUGUUCUCAAUCUGAAGCGAAAGCGGGCUGCUAAAUAUGCUGCAUGUCUAAAUAAAGCUUCGCAAUCAGGGUCACCUCAAUGGCUGUCAUAUGUGUCACCAACAAACAAGAUUGUCAAACAGAGGAGAUUAGGCGGAUAUAAAAGAAAGCUGACAAACUGUGGGACUGAUACUGCACGAUCUUUAGUUAGGUAUUAUUUGAACUAUAAGAAGAGUGGGAGGCCGGAACGUUUGAUGUUCUAUCAGGAUGGUGGAUGGAUGGACUUUCCUAAGGAUGUGGUUGACUUGGUUAGGAAAGAUUUUGAAGUAAAGAAGGCAGCUAUGGAGGUAGAAUUAAAUGGCCAUCAUCUUGUGCUGAAUUUUUUGCACAUGUAUCAAAUGGACCUGAAAACUGGUUUGCAGCAACCUAUUGCUUGGAUUGACGAAACAGGGUGCUGCUUUUUCCCUGAAAUCUAUGCUGUUUCUGAUGAAGUACCUUAUUCCUGUAAUCAGGAGGAUGGAAAAAGUCAUGAAUCAUUAUUUCAAGAUCCUUAUGAAUCUAAUGAAAUAAAAUUACAUUUAGAUAUUGAAAUAAAUGGAGUGGAUGAAUCGAAGUUGAGGGAGUGUAGUGGAGAAUCCAAUGCUUUAGUUAAUCAUAUUCCAACUGAUGCUAAACAAGCAUGCAGUCAAAAUGAUGUAGAAAUUGAGUAUAGCAGUAAUAAAAUCAACAAUGAAAAUGUUGGUGAAGCCAUUGAGCAAAUUCAAAACGUAGGGUUCAAUGCAUGUAAUGAAUUUGUACAUGGAAAGUUGGAUUUGGAUACUGUACAGAAGAUGUUUCUUAAUGGAAUGAGUAGUUUUGGUAGUACUGACUUAGUUGAGCUUUACCGCUGCUCAAGUACAUUGAUGCAAGCGCGAUUGGAGCUGUUCCAUAAGCAAGCUGAAAUUACAGAAAAUUGUCGUGGGGAUGCUAAUGUGCGAUAUGCUUGGCUUGCUUCUUCUAAAGAAGAACUAUCUACAUUGAUUAAGUAUGGACUUGGUCAUUGUGGACUAUCAGCAUCUAAAUGCACCCAUGGCGUUGGUGUUCAUCUUGCUGCAGCUACCUGUCCUUAUGCCAGUGCUAGUUAUUGUGAUGUUGACGAAAAUGGUGUUCGGCACUUGGUCCUGUGUCGUGUAAUAAUGGGGAACAUGGAGCUUCUCCGUCCUGGCAGUAGACAGUUUCGUCCCAGUAGUGGUGACUAUGAUAGUGGGGUGGAUGACGUUCAGAGUCCGAGAUACUAUAUAGUAUGGAAUAUGAACUUGAACACCCACAUUUAUCCUGAAUUUGUUGUUAGUUUCAAGGUCUCUUCUGAUGGUGAAGGCCUUCUUUGUGGAGGUGAGAGUAAGAAUGAUGUUUCUGAGGUUAAUUCAGCUGAUCAAGGUCCUAAGAGCUUGUUACCUUCUACAUUAGAUACCGGGAUAGCUACUGGUGUGGUGGCUAGCUUGCCUAAAGCUCCGAAAUCCCCUUGGAUGCCUUUUCCUAUGCUUUUUGCUGCUAUCGCAAAUGAGGUUCCUCCCAAUGAUAUGGAACUUAUCAAUAUGCAUUAUCAACAAUUCAGGUCAAAGAAGAUGGCCCGUGAUGAUUUUGUGAAGAAGUUGAGGUUGAUUGUUGGAGAUAGUCUCUUGAGGGAAACAAUAACUAAUCUUCAAUGCAAGGUACCAUCCAAAUCUUCGUGUGCGUUGAAAGACUCAAACAACGAGAAGGAAGUCUGAGGGUCUUUUUCGUAAGGUGAUCUUUGCACUUUGGAAUUAACUUUGUCGACUUAACGCUGAAUGAGUCAAAAUACACUAGUGAAUGUUGUUGGCUCUUAGGACACAACUAUCUGCUUUUGUUCUCAUACUCUUUUGGACCUGGAAUGUGUACUUGCUAUUGGAACUUUGUUUGAAUUAAUUUUGAACCACGUGGAGACCAAUUCAUUUAACUCAUUUAAUUU